AUGAAGGACCUGAUGCCUCAUUUGACGUAUAAUGAAAAAGGGAAGGUUAAAGUGAAUUCCUUAAUGGAUGCCCUGAAGAAAUUUAAAUGUGACAAAGGAAUGGUGCCUCUACAAAAGUCCAUAAAAAUUGCCCCUGGUACUAAAGACAGAGUUACUGACCACAUGGCAGUUUGUGACCCUAAGCCAAAAGUUAAACUGAAUCCUCUAGCAAAAGUUCCCAGCUCUGAUGGCAAGAGGGAUAAAGAUUCACCAGGAUCUCCCCCAUACCACUUACAGAAGUUGAAUGCGUCCCAAAUACAAGCCUUCCAAGAUGCCUACAAUUUCUUUUACAAAGAUAAAACUGGCUGUAUUGACUUACAUGGAAUGAUGUGUACUUUAGCAAAGCUGGGAAUGAAUCUAACCAAACAUGAUGUCUAUAAUGAAUUGAGAUGUGCUGAUAUUGAUCGAGAUGGGAAGGUGAAUUUCUCAGACUUUAUAAAUGUGCUAACAGACAAGAACCGCUUCUUUAAGGCUGUGGCUCCAGAAAAUCAGACCUGUUUAGAUUUGGCUGGCAACCCAGGGAUCCUGUUGUUUGAAAUCCUAUCAAAGCUUGUGGAAACGUCAGCCCUACCCAGAAAGACUAUAAUGGAAAUAGUAAGCUAUUUCCGAAAAAAAUUGCAGGAAGCUUCAGGAAUAUCAUGGAAUCCCUAUACUACUGAUCAUAGUAAAAGGAGGUUUAAGUCAAAUAUAUGCACCCCUCCAAGCUCCAGCACAGCUGCCUUUGCUAAUGCCGCCCGCAUGACCAUAAUGACAGAAAAGGAUUUAUUCAAAUUCCUUGAACAACUCAAGAGAUGCAAUCCUCCUUCAGAUAGCCCAUAUUCAAAAAUACCCAUCUUCCCAUUGUUUCCUAAUAUGGAUGGGAUAGUAAUGGGAAAGCCAUACAAAGACCUACAGAAACUAGAAAUGCUAAGGAGGAAACAACCUCUGAAUUUCUUUGAGAACUAUUUUUUCCAUAAGAGAGACUGGAAAACACAGGCAGCAAAUGUAAAGCCUCUCAGCCCUACCUCAGGCUACCCACCGGACAUCCUUGCCAUAGACCAGAUGCUCAAGAGAAAGCAGAACUGGACAGUGGCCGACGUGGCCACUAUCAAACAGCAUGUAAAGAGAGCCACAGAUACCUAUCACUUAGGAAUUGCUCUUGAACACCGAAAAGAAAUGCUAAACCUCUGGCGGAAGAUCCGAGGAGGCCUGAUCGGGAUAGACACUAAAAAUGAAUCCUUCUAUGAUACCUUUUCUACUUAUACAUGGUCCUGGAAUGUUUGCCAAGAAUUGCUCUCCCCAAAGGACUUAAGGCUAUACGAUGCCUACAUGAAUAGAAAUUCCUACCACAACUCUAUAUUCUGUUCCUCUUCAGAUACCAGUGAAUGUGACACAGAGAUAGGAAGGAAAAGAAAACGGAAAGGUUUCAAAGGCUUUCAACAAUGAAAUGUCUGC